ACACAGCAUCAUGCCCUGAGCCACUGAGGGCAGCUAAUGGUGGAAACUCCGGUCCUGAUAUAAAGACUCUCUGCUGAUUGUGUUGGUGACACAGAGCAUCUCCUGCUGACACUGUGGAUUACACUCACACCAGCACCCACAAAAACAUACAGCAAAUUACAGUUCACACACACAGAGGAAAAGAGUAAAUGAAUCAGAGAGUGUAAACACUCAGCAGAUUUACAUAGAGCUCUAUGUACACACUUUCAAACAGAAGACAAUUCACACAUGCUGGAUUUAUAGUUGCCAACAGAUGUUCUUUCUUUGAGGCUCACAGUCUCACACAUGGUGUUCAGCAGCGUUCAGAGCCAGAGGUCAUGACUCCAACCUUCAGGAUCCACAGCGCAGCCGAUAGACAUCUGAGUCCUAUGGCACGGAGGACCACACUGGAGAGGGCACAGCUUGAGUGUGGAAUGGCUGAACUGGUGCGAAUCCGUAAAAAAAGGCUGCAGAUUCCCAUCUCGAGGCUGAGGAGCAUGCUGAAGCUGCUGGAGGAGAGAGAUGUCGAUUUUGAGGAAAUCAAAAAGAAUCUGGAUUUCACUGCGUCGUUAUUGGAGGCAAUUUACCUCGAUGGAACAAGGCAGUGUUUGGAGUCAGAAGAUGACCUCCAGCAGCUGCAGUCGGACGGGGUGCCUUCAGAGGUCACUGAUUGGCUGGCAUCCACCUUCACACAAAGGGUUCGACGGCCUGUGCGACGUUCAGACGAGAAGCCAAAGUUUCGCAGCAUCGUGCACGCAGUGCAGGCAGGGAUAUUUGUAGAGAGGAUGUUCAAGAGGGCCUACACGGCCGCCAUGCCAGACCAACCUGUGCUGGUCGUUAACUGCCUCCGGGAUGUUGAUCGGUGGAGUUUUGAUGUGUUUGCUCUGAACGCGGCCAGCUCUGAUCACGCACUACAAACUUUGUUCUUUGAGCUGAUCACCAGAUAUGGACUCAACAGUCGUUUUAAGAUCCCCAUCUCAUGCCUGACAGAGUUCUUAAAUGCUCUGGAGAGAGGAUACUGCAAACACAACAACCCGUACCACAGCCAUGUUCAUGCUGCUGACGUGACUCAGACGAUGCACUGCCUGCUGCUUCGCUCUGGACUUGUGCACUGGCUGACUGAGCUUGAGGUGAUGGCGUCGUUAUUCGCUGCAGCCAUCCAUGACUACGAACACACAGGAACCACAAACAACUUUCACAUUCACACAAAGUCAGAUUUUGCUUUGAUCUACAACGACCGCUCGGUGCAAGAGAGCCAUCACCUGAGCGCAGCGUUUCGCCUCCUGCAGGACGACCAGAUGAACAUCUUCAUUAAUUUGACCAAAGAGGAGUGGAUGGAGCUGAGAUCGCUCGUCAUAGACAUGGUGUUGUCCACAGACAUGUCCUCCCACCUCCUCCAAGUCAAAGCCAUGAAAUCCUGUCUACAACAACAAGAACGGAUUGACAAGCCCAAAGCUCUGUCUCUGCUGCUUCACACGGCCGACAUCAGUCAUCCAUCCAAACCCUGGGCGCUGCACUCUCGCUGGACCAAAGCUCUAAUGGAGGAGUUCUUCAGGCAGGGCGAUAGAGAGGCGGAGCUCGGCCUUCCCUUCUCUCCUCUGUGUGAUCGAAACAGCACGCUGGUAGCUGAGUCCCAGAUUGGUUUCAUAGACUUCAUAGUGUACCCUACGUUCUCUCUGCUGACUGACAUGGCUGAAAAGAUUGUUAUUCCUUUGGUGGAGGAAAACCCCGGUCCACCGGACCCCUGCAACAGACACAGUAAUCUGUGGAAAGAGAGCUCCAGGGGUCUGCAGUGGAGUCUAGCUCAUCUCACAGCUGAGCUGGUGAGUUUCCGCUCCACCUGGACGAGACACACUGAAGACAACAAGAUCAAGUGGAAGGAGAGUGGCUCCAAUGGAUUUUCAAAGCAAAGUGUGACAAAAGAGCAGAGAUCCCGACAAGAGGUGCUGUCAGAAAAAUCCCUGCAGGAGCCCAACACAGAUACAAAACAAUAGAUAGAAUGUCAUGUGUAAAAAGUGCUUUUUUAUUGAAUAUCUUUAAAGGUUGGGGUCAAUGUUGAGUCACUGUUUGUAACAAAACCAUGCUGCCUUCUUAUACCUUUAUAAAUGCAUUCAGAGGAGAUGCAAGAGGAGAGACAGUGGCUAUGGAUAACAUCAUCUUCCUAUGGUAAGAUGCAGAAUAUGCACAGAAACAUCCUUAUGUCUUAUUUUAAGUGUAGUAUAUGAUGAUUAUUUAAAUCAAAAUGUACAUGCUGGUCAUGUUAUUUAGUAUAGUGCAUGUUAUUAUUAAAUUAAUUUGCCACUUAAACACUUGUAGGAAACCUUUUACCUUUAAUAGUUUGACCUGUACACACAAACCAUUUAACCAUAUAAUUCAAAAGGAAAUAUUUCAAUAUUAUGAUGUGACACUGACUGUUUUCUUUUUUAUUUGAACAUUUUGGGUCAGGUCCUCAUAUUUAAAGAUUAUAAUCAUCAUUGUAAUAAUACUUGUAGCAAUGUCCAACUGAAGUCUACUAAAUGAGGGAUAAUGUAUAGUGAGUGCGUGGUUAUGUGAAAUAGAAUCCCAACAGGGUGGUGAGACAAGACCUCAACGCAACGCGGGCUACAUAUGCAUAGAUGAUUGUAUAGAUUCGAAAAUCUUAUUUUUUUAUUGUAAUGGAGCAUAUUUUAUAGAAAACAAACUUUAAAUUCUGUAAGUCACUCUCUGAGCAAAAAAAUCAAACUUGCCUGCCAAAGAAAUUGUAAUCAAGCAAUGAUGUGUAUCCACCAACAGCCAAGAGUCCUACUCUGUGAAAGUGCACCUUACCUACACACAGGGGCUGUCGCAGUAACCCUACAUAACUGAGCAUUUUCUAUUGAGAAGGCUCAAAAUAUGUUGUUCACAGUAAGACUUAAGAGCAUCUCCAUGGUAAGACUUAAGUGCAUCUUGACACAUGAUUGCAUUACUGGGACAGUAAUGAUUUCAGUCCUCUUGCUCCUCCAGCUGGGGGAGCUGUAGAGCAAAGUGAAAGACUUGGCCCUGGGGUUGCCCUGAGGGCUCAGCUUCAAAUCCAAGUUAUUAUUUGAACAUUUGUCAGCUAUGCAGUUUAAAGGUCUUGUUCAUCAUGUUUCCUUACAUUCAAGUCAACUUGGCGGCUGUGAAUAAGUAAACAGAACAACACAUGGGUUUAAGACAUGCUGUUAAUUAUCUUUUUAAUGUGCAUGAGCUGAACAGUAAAACAACAAACACACACUUUUUAUUAUUUGUACACAUGCAUUCAAUGUGUCUGUGUGUCCUGCAGAAUCUCUGUACAAAUGCAAAAAAAAAAAAACAUUUCACUCAGUGUAGACUCCAUCCUGGAGAAAAUGUAAAAAAGUUAGGAUCAAAGUGUCUCUCCCUAAAGAUUUUGAAAAAUCAAUCAAAACGGCAUCUUUCGGCUUUUACUCUGAAGGAUUGCUCUGGUUAUCCAUCCUAGAAUAUGACUGCAACAUGCUCUCACAGCAGAAAUUCAUCAUCUCACAUGGAUUCCUCUCAUACAGGCAUGUCUUAAUGUUAACUUCAACUUUAUGUCUGUAUGGAUUUUGUAUUUAGAAUAUACUGUAUUGCUGCAGUGUUGCAAAAUAAAUUUGUUGGAACUAGUCCUUGGUAUGAAAAAUGUAUGUGUUUUUAUGCUUCUGGCUCUAUCAUUGAAUUAUUUAUCCACAGAGAGUCUAUUUUUAGAGUAAAGUCAAACUUAGCUAAACUCAUCGCUAGCGAUGCAGUGAUGUUGAGUACUGUAAGAUUGGACACAGAUCCUGGUUUAUAUACUUUGCACAUCAAAGAUAUCUAAAAAUAGUUAAGAGCUGCACCAAUUGUCAAACAAGCCUUUAGUCUGAAAGUUCAUACAGAGACUGGAUAAGGGGGAAAGAAAAGAAACAGCCAAUCACCAAUUUAAAUGAUUUAUUGUAUCAAACAAAUUUAGAUUACAGACAUAAUCAUCAAUCAAUUCAAGUAAAAUUGGAACAAAACUCCCCAGAUUUAAUUCAUUUAAAGUACAAUAUUACCCGUCAAAAACAGAACAAACAUUACAUGGUCCAUAAAUACUCAGCAGAAGAAAAAAAUGUACACAGGAAUGUUUUACUGUCUUUCUUUGUUUGUUGUGUUCAUAUAUGUGUCAUUGUUGGCAGCUGGGAAAUAAACUGCUCAUACCGUGGAUCAAUAAUCUGCUAAAGUGACAUCAAGUGUUUUACUUUUGUCAGACCUGUUAUGUAUACUGUUGAGUUUAUGGAAGGAUUGUCACAUACUCUAGAAAUGCUUCAUUGAUAAAAUGAACAGAUGGAAUAUUUUAGUGUGAAUGAUGCCUUUAUGUAAUGUCCUUGUUUCAUACAAAACUGAAAUUAAAGGGGAAUGCCAGUA